AUGUCACCGCGCUCCUCUCUCACCUCACCUCCCGCCCGGGGGGCUACUCGCCCCCCCACAACCGAUGCAAACGGAUCGUCUCGGCCAGACACCACAGACUCCGUUCCUUCUUCCGCACCACAGCAAUCCGACGAGUCCCCUUCCUCGCCCGCUCCCCCCGCCGCCAACGCAUCAUCAUCACCGUACCAGCCCUCCCAGGCCGAGGCCCUAGCCGCGCACAUCUUCGCCUUUGUCUCUAGUGCUUCAGCGCUGGGUGUCUCGCUGUCGCGACCCGCCUCGCAGCAGAACGGCGGAGCCCAUGAGUCUCCGCCUGCUGCGUGGGACGCCGGACAUGAGAGCUACGCGAAUGGAACUAGUACGCCGCGCGAGGAGGACCGUGAUGUGGACACGGUUGACGCGGAGGAAGACGAGAUUAAGCUUCUUCGUAUGCGCACACGGAAACAUGAGAUCGUCGUCGUGCCGGAUAAGAAGUACCUGCUCUGCGUUGUGCAUGAUGCCGCGCAUGCGAGUGGCGGGCCCGGCGUGGCGGGCGCUCGCGCGAGGUGA